UCUUUCCUUUUGUUUUUUCUUUCUGGACCCAGCUCUCCUUUUUUGUUCUCAUCAAUGUGUGCCUCUGCAUGUCUGCUUCUUUUAUAGGGCAGCUACACCACUUUUACUGGUGCUCUGUCACCUCUCAUUUUCCCUUCUCUCCCACCCCUUUCUGGCUGGCUCUGUCUUUUACCCUUUCCCAUUUUUUGGAUCCUUGUUCCCCUCUAUUCUUCUCUUUUCUCAUGUUGGCUCCCUUCUUCUGUAGCUGUCCUGUUUCCCCACUUCCCUUCUCUGGUUCCCUCUCAUGCACCUCCCCCUCCUUUCUGAGUACACAGCUCUGUUCUGUGAGCCAAUAAGUUUCAUUGUGCAGCCCACAAUAGCAAGUGGCAAGUGACAUUGGACAGCUAAAGAGUGGAGGCAGCUACUGAUGGAUCAGCAACCAGGAAAAGGUGAACCAAGGAAAUUUGACCCAAAGUUCAGAGGACCUAUUCACAACAGGCACUGUACGGAUAUUCUGUGCUGUGUAAUCUUCAUAGUCGUCAUUCUGGGUUACAUUGCAUUAGGAAUUCUGGCUUGGGUACAUGGUGACCCCAGGAAGGUGGUCUAUCCGACUGACAGCUAUGGGCAGUUCUGUGGCCAGAAGGACACCAUAAAUGAGAACAAGACCAUUUUGUUUUACUUCAACAUUCUGAAAUGUGCCAGCCCAAUAGUGCUAAUAAACCUACAGUGCCCUACAACACAGCUUUGUGUCUCAAAGUGCCCAGACAGGUUUGCAACAUACAUAGACAUGCAAGGUUCCUACAGACAUAACAAAAGUUAUUGGGAGUACUACAGGCAGUUCUGCAAACCUGGUUUUAAUAAGCCUUGGAAGUCUGUUGCUCAAGUGAUCCGUGAUGAAGAUUGCCCUUCAAUGAUCAUUCCAAGCAGGCCUUUUCUUAAAAGAUGCUUUCCUGACUUCUCCACGAAGAAUGGGAUUUUGACGGUGGCAAAUCAGACGACAUUCAAAGAUGGAAGAGGGAAAACAAGAAAUGUAACUGAUCUCAGGGAAGCUGCAAAUGGUAUCAAUAAUGUCCUUGAUGCAAGAUCAGUUGGGAUGAAAAUUUUUGAAGACUAUGCCAGUUCCUGGCAUUGGAUUUUAAUUGGUCUGUUCAUUGCAAUGAUUGUCAGCCUGCUCUUCCUUGUGCUCCUGAGGUUCACAGCAGGGGUCCUCUUCUGGAUUUUCAUCCUUGGCGUGAUUGGAAUUAUAGGAUAUGGUAUCUGGCAUUGUUACUGGGAGUAUGAUCAUCUUCAGGGGACACCUGGAUCUGACCUCACGAUCUAUGAUAUUGGCUUCCAGACUGACUUCAGAGUGUACCUGCAGCUGAGGCAAACAUGGUUAGCAUUUAUGAUAAUACUUUGUAUUGUGGAAGUCUUCAUCAUACUGAUGCUGAUCUUCCUGAGGAAUCGGAUCCGGAUUGCUAUUGCACUCUUGCAGGAAGGGAGUAGGGCUAUUGGCUACAUAAUGUCCACAUUAUUCUACCCCAUUAUCACCUUCGUUCUCAUUGCAAUCUGCAUUUCCUAUUGGGCAGUGACAGCUGUUUUCCUGUCUACAUCAGGGGAACCUGUGUAUAAAGUAAUGGCUAAUCAAACGCUGUGCAAGUAUGCAAACCUGACCUGUGACCCAGAGACUUUUAACACAACCAAUGUGACCAAAUUAUGUGUUGGUGCUCAGUGUACUUUUGCUUUCUAUGGGGGAGAAAGCUUCUAUCACAAAUACAUCUUCAUCUUUCAACUCUCCAAUGCUUUUGUCUUUCUGUGGCUGGUAAACUUUGCAAUUGCACUGGGUCAGUGUACCCUUGCUGGUGCCUUUGCCUCUUAUUACUGGGCCUUUAGAAAACCUGCUGAUAUUCCACCAUGCCCACUCUUUUCUUCAUUUGGACGAGCAAUACGAUAUCACACAGGUUCACUAGCAUUUGGAUCAUUAAUUCUUGCAAUAGUCCAGCUGAUUAGAAUAAUCUUGGAGUACCUGGAUCACAAGCUGAAAGGUACACAGAACUCCUUUACAAGAUUUCUGCUCUGCUGCCUCAAAUGCUGUUUUUGGUGUUUGGAAAAAUUCAUAAAGUUCAUAAACAGAAAUGCCUACAUCAUGAUUGCGAUAUAUGGUAAAAACUUCUGCACUUCAGCAAAGGAAGCGUUCUUUCUGCUAAUGCGGAACGUGGUGAGAGUUGCGGUGCUGGACAAAGUUACAGAUUUCUUGUUGUUCCUUGGGAAACUUCUCGUUGCUGGUGGUGUAGGUGUCCUAGCCUUCUUUUUCUUCACACACCGAAUACCAGUGUUCACACAAGAAACACCAACAUUAAAUUACUACUGGGUACCCCUCUUGACUGUCAUUAUUGGCUCUUACCUAAUUGCACAUGGGUUCUUCAGUGUCUAUGCAAUGUGUGUUGAUACACUUUUCCUCUGCUUUUGUGAAGAUUUGGAAAGAAAUGAUGGAUCCACAGCAAAACCGUACUACAUGUCAGCUAGCCUGCACCGAAUUCUGGGAAAGAAGGAACUAAGCCCUAAGAAGGCAAUGGGAUAACUUUAAAAAAUUGCUGAAAAUCAAAACAAUGUCACUUUUAAGUGGAAUGUUUAUAAACUAGGCAAAAGUUAAAACUGUAAAUGAUGCUUCUGGUUGAUGGGUGAUUCUUUUUCUUUUUGCUUGUAUCUAAAAUCAAUUAGCAAUUUGGUAACAUCUAACUAGAUAGGGAAAUGCUUAAACUAAGAGCUGUGAAACAAGGCCACAUUUUAGUUUAUAGAGUGCCUAUGAAAAAGGAAAAUAUAAAUUUGAAGCAUUUUUUAUCCAUAGCUAAUGGUGUUUUAAUAACUUUUGUAACACAGCUUGCUGUUUCAAAUGACAGCUGUUUUGAUAACAUUUCUUUUUUAUAAGUGUAUCUUUAUAAACGAUAUUCAGGCAAUUUUUGAAAGCACUACACUAUAACCUAAUCAGCCAUAAAAAUAGAUCAAGAGACUCCAGCGAACCAGCAGAUGGUACUAAAUUUGUAAAUAUGGUGCUAUGGUUGUAUUUUUACUGUACAAGCUGGUUGACAGCUUUUUAAACUGUGAUUAUAUAUGUACUAAUAGUUCCCUACAUAGAUCUUUAGAUCACCUCCAUUACAAAUUGUAUAUGUUAAUAAAUGAGAGAGGGUAUCACCCAGGUUCAGUCUCAAAGAAGGUAGCCAGAGUAGACUACAGCUAAAACUUCUUUUUUGUGAAAUCUCUUAUAACAAAACUCCUUUUAGAACAGAAUUUGGGUUAAACAUUAACCUCCAUUGAAGGAGCGUUCCACUGUACUUGAAGAACAUGGUUUGUGGGAACCACAAACUUUCUAUUUCCAUCUGGUGCAAGAUGAAAAAUGUAUAGCUCUCAGCUGAUGUGAAUGGGAGAUGCCCUUGUAUUAGUAUCCCCUGUCCCUAAUGGGUUCUGUGAUUUUAUUCUACAUGAUGUUGAGGUUGAGCUCCACCUGAAGUAUGGAAAGGAAAAACUGAAAUGUAUCCAUUUUCCUUGGAGGCAGGUCUUCAUGGCCCUCUAGAAGCGCCAAGGAAUUCUUAUUUCCUGUGUCCAUCCUAGAUGGGCUUCCUCCCUCCUUCCAUGGGCUGAAUGCAUUGUCUCUGUGGGACUCUCAGCUCCUGUUAGCCCAUGAGUAAGUGGCCAGGGCUAGAAAUAAAAUCGGAGUCUCUCACCUGGUAAAGCAGAGCACUAACCAUUUAGACCAAGGAGUCAGGCCCAUAAUGUUUGGUGUAUGUUUAAAUCAUUAAAAUUGCAUGGUUAUAAAUGCAAAGGCUAGUAGUAGCUUUAUACUAUUGGUGUAAUACAUGUUAGUAUUACACUAAGGGCUUGUCUACAUGGUGCCAGCAAAGCGCACUAGAGGGGUGUGAUUUGUAAAGCGUUUUAAUGUGUUGCACCCUAACUGCCCUGUGUAGACCCUGAUGCACUCUAAAAGGACUAUGUUAAGGGAAACUUUACCUUUUAGAGCACGCCAGCAGGGUCUACACAGGGCAGUUAGAGUGUACCACAUUAGAGGGUUUUAUAAACCACACCCAUCUGGUGCUGUGUAGGCAAGCCCUAAAACCCCAAUUCUGCAAGCCUUCAGUGCAUGGAACUACCGCUGAAGUCAAUGACAGUUCCACUUGUGCAGGGCUCACAGGAUCAGCCCUAUGUUUUAUCUGAGGAUUAUGAAGAAUAAUACAAAGAAUACAUGAUUACUGUAAAUAGGAGGAAUGGGUUACCUUUCAAGGUGAUGUUACUUUUCUGAAUUGGGCUAAAAAUACUUUAACCUAUUUAAAUACUAAUGUAGAAUAAUUGUUCUAAAGUUUAAGGGGGCCCAGUGGGCCAGCGUCCCACGAGGAUCCAAAGCCAGUGAGGCUACAUUCUAGCCUUCAUGGGCUAUAGAAUUUUGAAUUAAGUAUUCCAUGGCAGUCCACUUAACAAGAGUAGAAGCGGCAACAUCAUCCAGCUUUGUUGAUAUUACAGAAAUUGAGCUCUCCUGGAGCUCAGUGAGAACCUCAGCAUCAGAACACGGGCAGGUUCCUUUCCAUUGGCUGAAGGUUCAGUCACAUGGGAAAGAAUUUUUAAGAGCCCAUACUUUGCUUUCUGGAGGACAGCUCCAUUCCCAAGGUCAACCAAGAAACAAGGGUUGGUAUAAUACAACAGAGAUUAAUCCUGCACUUCGGUGAAUGGAGGGGAGUAGGAAGUUCCCAUGAUGCCUAAGUAAUUUUGUUUAUUAAUACUGGCCAUAGGUUGAAUCAGUUUACUGUAGGUGAGUUAUUCCACCCAUAUGUUUGGAGUAACUCCUGGAAAAUGGAAGGAUCUUGAUCACAUGGCCUAUGCUUUCAAAAGUGACUAGCGGUUUUACGGCCUUGAUUUUUGAGUGUCCAUCUUGAGACACUUUAAAGGAGCCUGGCUUUCAGAAAGUGGUGAACACCCACCCUUUGAAAACCAGGCUCUUUUACAAGGCUUCUCCAAUUGGGUAUUGAAAAACUCAGAAGCAAAAAUGCAAGUCUCUUUUGAAAAUUUAGGCUAGAAUGAACUGUUUGGGCUGUGUGCAGUCAUUCCAUCACCUAAAAGUCUGCUAAUCUGCUAUUCUGGAUCAGGCCCCAAUGAAAUAUAGGAUGGUACUGUAAUUAGUUCAUUAAUUUGCACCUAGAAAGACUGAGCAGAGCCAUCUAUAGUUCUGCAGUGGAUUGAAGGGUUUUACUGGAUGCUCUACUGAAAAGCAUAUUUCUGUGUACAAUGUGCUUUUUGCCAUAUGAAUGUAACCAUAGAGUUUAAUAUGACAUAAUAGAAAUAGUAGUAAUAGUCCUAUGAUUAGAAGUUUUUUAAUAAACCUAUGCAUUUGCUAGAAGAAUUUCUAAAAGUUUUAAACUGAAUUGAUUGUUUAUAUACCAUAGAUAUAUAUAUAAAGUUCCUCCAUUCAUUACUAUUUUGUGAGAAUUAAUUUAGACUAUAAAUGAACAAUGUUUCUGAGAAGAGCAUUUAAAAGCCAUUUUUUUAAAAUGAAACACUUAAGAGAACUGUGAAAAUGCAAAGCAAUAUCGCUUAAAUUCUGCAGUCAGUCAAUCAGCUGAAAUACUUUUAAAAAUUAUUUAAAAUUAAAAUUGGUAAAAGAGAACUGAAUAUUUUGGAAUAAUGUAGGCAGAAAUUAAUACAAAUAUUAAUUUGCAAAUUAAAUCAUACUUUUAUUUUUUAAGAAUGGUUAAGCCUGAUUAUUAUAAUAAUUCCUAACUAAUCCUUUGGGCCAAAUUCUGCCAAUUUACAACCUACACAAUCCCAGUGAAUUUGGCUCUUUACUCUGUUUGCUUUAACAUGAAGAUAAAACUUAAUUACUAUGUACUUCCUCACUUUAGGGAAGUGGAAUAUUGGGCUAAGUAUGGUAUAUUAAGAUUGUUUAUUAUAUAGGUUUUGAUCCUACACCACUGAAGUCAGUGGCAAAAUUCCCAUUGAUUUCAAAGGGUAGAGACAGGCCCAUAUAGUGACAAAAGGUUGAUUAUUAUUCCAACUGUUUACAGUAUAAGAAAUGCCAAAAUGUCAAGUAUUGAAAUAAACCUAGAAAGCUAAGAGAGCCGUUGUACAUUAAGAGUUCAGCAGGUGGUGCUAUUACUUUUCUUAUUGUACUGCUUUGAUCAUUUAACUUGUGCCAUUCUUCCUCCUAGUGGAAGAUUUAGAAAGACAUGAUGGCUCUGCAGAAAGACCCUAUUAUAUGAAUAAAUCUCUGUUGAAGAUUUUGAACAAGCAGAAUGUAGAAACCAAGAGACAUUAGAAAAUACCCAAUGUUGUAACCACCCAAUCAUGUUUGAUUUAGUCCUGGUUUGAUGCAUUGUCUUCCCAACACAGAUUAAUUGUUGGCUUUUAUUUGCAUGUUUUAUACCAAAGCUUCUAUGAAAAGCCAUCAGAAUUGGUAAGGAAACUGUUUAAAAAACAUAAAACCCAAGAUGUGAACAUUUUUAUACUGAGAUUUGUUUCUUUUUCAAGUUGUAUUUAGCUUUUAAUUCUAUGGCUUGGAUGUUUUGAAGAUGUUGAGUAUUCUUUUAAAUAUAAGCAUUUAAAAUAUGAAAUGUUUUCCUGUUGAAUAUUCUGGUAUAGGACAGUAAAAAGAUUUCAGAAAUCAUCAUAUUAAGCUUAUUCUAAAAAGAGGGUCUUUAAAUAUCCUUCUAAAAAUAAAUGAUCAUAAAAACUAUUAGAUUUAACAGAUUGUCUCUGUAUUGUAGUAUAGAGCUUCGGUCUUUAAACUAUUGCCACUCACCCAGCCUGUAAAACUGUGUCCUCUAUGACAAAAGUGCCUUACUGGCUAUUAUUAUUACCCAGCUUAUAUUUUAAAGUUUACACACAUAAUUUAAACCACAAAAUAGAAUUGCUAGAUAGGAAAAACAAGACUCAGCUUAGUUGAAAUGAAGUGGUAUAAAAUCAACUGCAUUUUAAAUACAUUUGACACUUUUUGCUAAAUACUGCAGCAUGCACAAUUUCCCUAUUACUGUUGUCAGAUCAUGAGUAUUUUAUGCUCCAAAAAAGAAAGUAAAAGAGAAUGGUUUUGUUACAAAAAGAAAAUCAUCUAAGGCUGUUUGGUUUGCUUUAGUAAACUUUUCUAAAUCUAAUUUAAAGGGUGCUGAACUCUAAAUGGAGCCCUAUUUUGUCUUCAGCUUCAGAGAUAGCCCAUUGUAUUUAGAUAAUUGAGGGUAGAAUUGGGCCCUUGGUAUUUAAAACAGAAUGAAAAGGGAAGUUAGUAGAUAUCUGCUAUACCAAUGUUAUUUAUGUAUUUUUAUGUUCCCAAAUGUAAAGUAGAUGCUUCAUUUUAAGACUGCUUAUUUACUAUUCUGGAAGUGUUUUAUAAAUGACCCUUAAUUUUCUAACUUUUGAUACAGAUUAUUGGAAUAUAACUGCUUCAUGUUUAAGAUUACUAGCACUAUUAAUAUAAAAACUGAUUGUCUGUUACUAUAUGUUACAGAAGAGUCCAUAAGCAUUUAUCUCAAAUAAGUACAUGUAAAAUCACAAAAAGGCAAUUUAAAGGAUGAGACAUGAGAGAGAAGUAACUGUCAUUUUCACUUAUCACAUUUUUCAUUUUAAUGUGACUUUUAGAGAUUGUAUCAUUUUCCUGCCAAAACCAAACUAAUGUGAGCACAUGACAGUCUGAGCUCUAAAACCUGUUUGCUUCUGCUGUGCAGAAAUAUUGGGAAUGUAUUGUUUAAAUAUCUUUGAUAACUAAAAUGUUUAAUAUUUAAUGAAAUUUGUUGUUACUUAUUGUUUUACAGCUCUUGGGAUUUGUUCUAAUAAAGAUUUAGAUAUAAAAAAAGGA